AUGAGUGCUGAUGAAGAAAGUAUUGCUCAGGAACUAACCGAGGAUACUAAUCUUGACGAAGAUGAAAGAAUUCAAGAAAAUUUAGACAAGAAGGAAAUAUAUGACUUAUCGGCUACACCAGUUACUGGUAAAUAUCCCGUUGAUAUCGAGAAUCUAUCUGUAUCAACGGCAUUAAGGAAAACUGAUGAUAACGAUUCUAGCAGCAUAAGUUCAACUCUCAAAUCGUCAUCAGCAGAAACUGAAAGUGUGUCGCUUACUGAUAGUAAUCCAUCUAAAACACCACCAGUACCACCGCGGCAUAAGAAACGUCGUGUUGAGGAACUGAAGUGUUUUGAGGUUAGAUGGUUUCAUCGGAAACGGGGAACAGAAUCAAAAUGGACUGCCUUUAAAGGUGCUGAUUCAUUACUAUUGGAAAUUUACUGGCGGCAGCGGAUGAAUGUUGCUUUAGAUCACGUUACAGAAUCUUAUCUACUAAAUAUAAAACUACCUUCAUCAGUCGUAGUAUUAGGUGGUUUAUAUCGAGCUUCCGAUGAUCUUACUAUGUUGCAUUGUAUUUAUUGGAAAGAUGAUAGCAUUGAAAUUUGUCGAGGUACCUGGUUUCUAAUGGAAACGUUGCAACCUAUUGAUCCAGUAAUGGCUGAUUCUAUUGAAAAGCAUCAUUUACAUUUCUUCCGUUCCCAAACAAUUCCUGAUGCUCCAGUUUUUUCGGAAAAGGAAUCAAGUAAAAAACCAGUCCUUGCGGAGCUGAAAUUACAGGACCAGUACGAAGUACGAUGGAAUUCUGUUAUUGAUAUCACGCUGUAUAAUAAUUCUAAAACCAGUCGAUUGCUACGUUACAUAGCGUGGGGUAAAGGAACAUUAUUGAAGCGUGGAUAUGAGGAAGCGAAAUGGGAUGAUGGCAAACAAAUUAUCAAGCAUUUAAUUUUGGUUGUUCAUGGUAUUGGUCAGAAAGGAUAUGAAAAUUUAAUUGCAAAAAAUACUGAUCAAGUUCGUGAGGCUGUAUUUAAUUGUAUGGAUAAGUAUUAUCCGAAUGAAAAAAGUCGUCCGAUGGUGUUACCCGUUGAAUGGCGAGCAGCGUUAUUAUUAGAUCAGGGUGUUACUGAUUAUGUCACUUUACCGAAAAUGUCUUCAAUGCGUAGCGCUUUAAAUUCAACAGCUAUGGAUAUCAUGUACUAUCAGUCUCCUCUGUACAGAAAUGAAGUGGGGUUCUGUAUCAUGGAAGGCUUAAUACGAUCAUUGAAUAACGUCUAUAGUCUUUUUAUAGAAAAUUAUCCCAAUUUUGAGGGACCGAUCUCAAUUUAUGCUCAUUCACUUGGUUCUGUUAUGUGUUAUGAUUUAUUCACUAGUUGGUCUCCUCUUGUUUUAUAUGACAAAUAUGUAGCUGAAACAAUUCAACAACAGUUAUCAAUCAACGCAGAGCAUGCAGAAAUAUUAAAUGGUUUUCAAGAGGCACGGUUGAAACUACUGGAACUUUAUGGUGGAUUUCAACUGGCGUUCAUAACUCAAAAGCAGAAAUUAAAAUUCGAGGUUACAAAUAUGUUCUGUGUUGGUUCACCUCUCGCAAUUUUUUUGAUUAUGCGAGGCUCAACAAAAUUUGUUCCUGGAAAUUUGAAAAGGAUAUAUAAUAUAUUUCAUCCUUACGACCCAGUUGUAAGAGCAUAUCGUUUGGAACCACUGGUACACAAACAGUACCGCAUGAUCCGACCUAUAAAAUUAUUUCCUUCUCUUGAUCUUUGUUCAAUGCAGGAUUAUGAUCUUCUAGCUCCUGAGAUAAACAAAUCUUACAUCAAAAAAAUGAAAGGAAAAGAAAAAGUUGCAAGGGAAAACAUUGUUCGAACAGCUGACGUCAUUGAUAAAGAACGUGAGGAUAUAGAAGAAGAAGAAGAGUCUGAAAGUGAUGAUUCUUCUGCUCUUCGACGGAGCAGUCCAGGUUCAUCACCGAGAAGUUUGACUCCUCCGCCGUCGGAAGGUGAUCAGAAAAAGAGUUGGUGGAAAUUUGGGAGCGUUCGGAAGGAUAAAGAUGCCAACGACGGAGUUGUUGAAGAAGUCAAAUCUAGUGAAGCUCGAAAGUUGAUAGGAGAAAUUCCUGAAGAGGAAAGGUUGCCGUACCGAAUCGAUUAUCAGUUACAACCUCAGAUAACAGAUCGCAGUUAUUGGUCUGUUCUGAAAAGUCACUUCGCUUACUGGACUAAUCCUGAUGUCGCUGCAUUCAUCGUCAAUUGUUUAUACCGAGAUUUAAAAUGA